AUCGCCGCCGGGCGCGUCCUCGCCGCGCGCUGCGAGUCUCCUACCUCUCCCGUUACCAAGGCAACGGCGGCGCCUCCUCCGCGACCGCCCGGAUCAUCUCUCCGCGCCAUUUUCAAACUGCCCAAAAGCUGGAGCCGGUGGCUGUGGCGGAAGGAACUAGCGAGGGAGGCGAGCUAUUGAGGCGCGAUGCAGCCGCAGGCUGAGGGAGCGGCGGUCGGAGCUGCCUGACUUUAAUUUUUUGAAGUCAAUAAAACUUGUUUUGGAAGACAAGAUGACUACUGCUGCAGAAAGAAAAUACGUUAAUAUUAGAAAAAGACUGGAUCAGUUGGGAUACCGCCAGACUCUGACAGUAGAGUGCUUACCUUUGGUAGAAAAACUUUUCAGUGACCUAGUUCAUACAACAGAGAGCCUUCGGAAAUCAAAAUUGUCUGCUGUUAAAGCUGAAAAAGAAAGUGCCAAUUUUGAUUUUGUUCUGGAACCCUAUAAAGUUGAAAAUGCAAGAUUGUGCAGAGAAAAUAAUGAAUUAUACCUGGAAUUAAUGAAACUGAGAGAACAAUCAGGCCAACAAAGUAAAGAGUUGAAAGCUGCACUGAAGAAGUGUGCACGUGAAUCAGAUGAUCUGAAAUUUCUAAAUAACCAGUAUGUUCAUAAACUCAAACUUUUGGAAAAAGAAAGCAAAGCUAAGGAUGAAAAAAUACAGCUACUUCAAGAAAAGAAUUUGCAUGCCGUAGUACAAACUCCAGGUGGCAAGAAAAGAAGUAUUGCCUUCAGGCGCCAGCGUAUGCAAAUUGAUGAACCAGUUCCUCCUUCUGAAGUCACUUCCUAUCCAGUUCCUCAGCCAGAUGACCCUUAUAUUGCAGACCUCCUGCAAGUGGCUGAUAACAGGAUUCAAGAACUUCAACAGGAAGUCUGCCAGUUACAAGAAAAGUUAGCAGCAAUGGAAAAUGGAGUGAGAGAUUAUAACAAGCAGAUUGAGCUAAGAGAACAAGAAAUAGAACGGCUGUCAAUGGCAUUGGAUGGUGGUCGCUGUUCUGACAUCCUCACUCUGGAGAGUAGAAAUAAAACCAACGAGAAGCUUAUUGCUCAUUUAAAUGUUCAGGUUGACUUUCUUCAGCAAGCUAAUAAAGAACUGGAAAAGCAUAUACAAGAACUUAUGGAAACCAAGGAAACAGUCACUACUGAAGUUGUUCAUUUAAGUAACAAAAAUGAAAAACUCUGCCAAGAAUUAACUGAAAUAGACCAGUUAGCACAGCAGUUGGAAAGACAUAAAGAAGAAGUACUUGAGACUGCCGAUAAAGAAAUUGGAGAAGCAAAGAAAGAGAUUAAAAGAAAACUCUGUGAAAUGCGAGAUCUUGAAGAAACAAUGUCAAAGCUUCAACUGGAAUUAGACUUAUGCCAUAAAGAAAAGGAGAGACUGAGUGAAGAACUCCUUAUAAAAUCAGAUCUUGAAACUGUUGUUUAUCAGCUUGAACAAGAAAAGCAAAGACUUUCCAAAAAAGUUGAAAGUUUUGCAGAUAAAGAAAGAGAACUUACUUUGGAAGUUGAGAGAAUGAGGCUAGAACAUGGGAUAAAACGCCGAGACAGGUCACCUUCUCGUUUAGAUACAUUUCUGAAAGGCAUAGAAGAGGAACGAGAUUAUUAUAAGAAAGAGCUAGAAAGACUCCAACAUAUGAUAAAGCGAAGAUCUUGCUCUACAAAUUAUUUUGCACGUGAAAAAGUUCAAGUUUUAAAAACACCAGAGAAGGGUGAUCACAACUCAGAAAUUCAUCUCAUCGCAAGAGAAAGAGAUGAACUUCACUGUAUGCUAGAAAGAUUUGAAAAACAUAUGGAGGAAAUACAGGCCAAUGUUAAAUUAUUGACAGCAGAGAGAGAUAAACUAAGUGUCUUAUAUAACCAAGCUCAGGAAGAAUUAUCUGCACUAAGACAGGAAUCCACCCAAACCACAGUCUCCCCAAAUAUUGUUAGUCUUAUGGAACAAGAAAAAGAACGAGCAUUAUCUGACUUAAGAAGAAUUAUGGUAGAAAAGGAAGCUUUAAGAGAAAAGUUAAAUACCCUCCAGGAGAAGAAUCUUUUGGGCAAAUCAGAAUUAGAACAAACUAUUGAACAUUUGACAUGUGUUAAUCAUCAGCUUGAAAAUGAAAAAUGUGAAUUAAAGUCUAAAGUGUUAAUAAUGAGCGAAACAGUAGAAUCAUUAGAGAACAAAUUAAAACUCCAAGCUCAGAAACUUACCCAUGUUGCUGGUGACUCAUCUCAUCAGAAAACAGAGAUGAACUCACUUAGGCUAGUAAAUGAGCAGCUGCAGCGGUCACUUGAUGAUUAUCAACACCGACUUAGCAUAAAAAGAGGUGAACUUGAAUCAGCCCAGUCACAGAUUAAAAUACUGGAGGAAAAAAUAGAUAAACUGAACCUUAAGGUGACUUCACAGGAUGAGGAGACUAACGUGAUGAAAAAGACUAUUGGUGUUAUUGAUAAAGAAAAAGACUUUCUUCAGGAGACUGAAAAAACUAUUGCUCGUAUGAAGAUAACAAUCUCGGAGUAUGAUUCAUCUAUGAACCAUCUAAAGGAUACAUUGACUAAUCGAGACCGUGAGAUAAGCAGCCUCAGGCGCCAGCUUGAUGCAGCUCACAAAGAACUUGAUGAAGUAGGACGAUCUAGAGACAUAUCUUUAAAGGAAAAUAGAAGAUUACAAGAUGAUCUGACUACAAUGGCAAGAGAAAAUCAGAACAAAAAUCCAAACACGUAUGUGUGUGUUUAUGACAUGAUGUUACAAUGAGUGACGGUUACUAAUUUAGAAACAAUUUCAUUGUACUUAAACCAGGAAAAAGAAAAUCAAGAUCUGUUAGAUAGAUUUCAGAUGCUUCAUAACCGUGCUGAAGACUGGGAGGUUAAAGCCCAUCAAGCUGAAGGAGAAAGCAGCUCAGUUCGACUCGAACUUCUUUCUAUUGACACUGAGAGGAGACACCUUCGGGAAAGAGUGGACCUAUUAGAAAAGGAAAUUCAGGAGCACAUAAACGCGCAUCAUGCUUAUGAAUCUCAGAUCUCGUCAAUGGCAAAAGCCAUGUCUCGAUUAGAAGAAGAGCUUAGACAGCAAGAAGAUGAGAAGGCAGCAGUGUUAAAUGAUUUAUCAUCUCUUAGAGAACUUUGCAUUAAGCUUGAUUCAGGCAAGGAUAUUAUGACCCAACAACUGAAUUCCAAAAACCUUGAGUUUGAGAGGGUUGUGGUGGAAUUAGAAAAUGUCAAAUCAGAAGCAGACCUUUUAAAAAAACAACUAACAAGUGAGAGACAUACAAUUAAAAACCUUGAAUCAUUGUUGGCUACAAAUAGAGAUAAAGAAUUUCAUUCUCAUCUAUCCUCCCAUGAGAAGGAUACAGAAAUUCAAUUACUUAAAGAGAAAUUAACCCUUUCAGAAAGCAAACUAACUUGCCAAAGCCGGGAAAACACCAUGCUUCGAACUAAAGUGACACAAUUACAAAUAGAUUAUGAUGCUAUGAAAAGACAAAUUUCAACUGAAAGAUUUGAACGAGAGCGAGCUAUCCAAGAGAUGCGUCGACAUGGUCUUCCUACACCACCCCUUAGUUCUACUCUGAAGUCUCCUUCAGAUUCUCCUGAACUUAUAAACUUAUGAUUAUCGGUCACCUUCUCCCUUUUCAGAAUAAUGGCUUUCAGUAAGUUGGCUAUAUGGAUUUUUAAAAGGACAGAACAGUAAUGGAAAUAUUUGAAGUACUUGUUCCUGAAAAUCAUGAACAUUGGCACAAUUCUACCUCUGUCAACUUUUCUUUAAAUCAGUGAAUAUUUAUGUAAAAAAAAGUUUGAAAAGAACUUAAUAUCCAUGUGUAUAUUUUCAUAUAUAUAACAAAAUAUGUAUUAAUAGUGAUAGCUGAUGUUAUAUAUGUAUUUUUAUUAUUACUGACUUAAAUUACUCCUUAAAGUGUGUUUAUACUGUGAAUUAAUAUGUAUUGUCCAUAUUAUGCUUUAAUAACUUGUUUCUUAAUGAGCCAUGAUAUAUGUAUAAAAUAUUUUUACAAUCUUUGUUUUUAAAGUGUUUUUUAGUUUUCAUGCAUGUGUUUCUAACCCAUAUCUUUAACACAUUCCUGAAGAAUUAUUAACUUGGAUGCUGUUCCAUCACAUUUAACUUUUUGUCUUCUCAGCAUAAAAUAAAUUAUUCACAGAUUUACUGUAUGUCAUCAAGGGGAAUAUAUUCUGGCCUAAUGUAACAGACUAGCAAAAAUCUUGCUGAAAUAGUGAUCAUAUAUAAUUUAUUACUGUCAACAAGAAGAACUGUGAUGGGAAAGCUACAUUUAUGUACUGUACGCACUUAUUUUGGCUAUCACAUGGACUCUGCACAUACAGUUUCUAUCAAAGUCAAAAGCUACUUUCAGAGUUUUUUAAAACGACAGAACAGAAAUUUGGGGUUUUUUUUCAAUAAAUAAAAGUUCUCAGUGUAUUAAUCUAAAAUUUGAGAAUAUAAAGUUAUAUAGGGUAAAUAAAGCAUUUUUUAAUUCAUUCAGUAAUGUACAAUAAUAUUUGUUUUUUGCUUCUAAACCUGUAUAUUAUAAUUGAUUAGUCUCCCCAAAUCAUAUUUAAAUACUAAACUGUGGCAUAUAAAUAGAAAAUAGCUUUUUACAAUUACCUUUCAUAGUUGUGAUUUUAAAUAAUUUAGGUGUGUGUGCGUGUGUGUACACUUAAGUUAAUAAAAGAACAGAAGUACAAAGUAGAAUGUCAGAUACAGAAACUAAUCGUGUUUGAGCCAUACACAUUUGAAGAAAAUCCUGUUCUUAAUAAAUUUCAUUAUGAUUGAGCGAGAAGAACUUAAAAGCUAACAUAAGAAAAUGGAAGAGUCAGAACAAUUAUUUUGAUACAUUUUGUUUCCUCCUGUGUCUUAAUAAGGUAGAAUUUGUGUGUGUGUGUAUCUGAGGAUUCUUUUUCUAAAAUUAAUAGCCUUGUAUGUUCUGCUUAUGGCCUUUGCAAUAAUUCAGUGUGUAAUUGGAUGUGGUGUGGCUUCCUUUUCCACCAUCUUUGUAAUUUGAUGUACCCCAUGUCCUUUGUGUGAAUUCAUGUAUUAUAGCAAAAUAUAAGAGAAGUGUGACUGUUUGCAGUAUCACAUGAAAAAUCUUUUAAUGAAUAUGUAAGUAAAAAAAAAAUAAAUAUCUGUUCCCACUUCCCCCAAAGCAAUAUUAAAACAUAUUUUGUUAGAUAUUUUACUUUUAAUGUUUUCAAUAAUUUAAAAAUAUAUAGCUUGCCAUAAUUGUUAUUUUCAUAACCAUGAUGCUAUAGUUUUUUUAAAAAAUGGGUUUUAUCUUAAAAUACUGAAUGUUCUGACGUUUUGAAUAAUUUUAAAUAAUGGAGCUUGACAGAUUUUCCAAUAAACUUUGUAGUCAAUUUAUUUUCUCUUUCAAAUAAUUUUCUUGUGGAUUUUACAUUAGCAAUAUUAUUU